UUCAUCAUUCAACGACUUCUUCAAAUAGAGCCAUUUUGCUAACGCUUUCUCCUCUUACCAAACAACCCCCCCACCCCCACACACACCAAUAAGUGCGUACAUAAAUUCGAAUAUCCUUCGCCUCUCUCAUCUUCCUUUUCUCGAUUUGCUCUUAUAUAUAUUUAAGUAUUUUCUCUGUGUGUGAUUGCAUUGUGGAUCGGAGAUUGAUCAAAUUGUUGUGAACAGAAGGCUGAAUAAGAAUGGGGAGUUUGAGGGCGAUUUUGAAGAAUCCAGAUGAUUUGUAUCCAUUGAUAAAGCUUAAACUAGCGGCUCGACACGCGGAGAAACAGAUCCCGCCGUCUCCACAUUGGGGCUUCUGUUACUCAAUGCUUCAUAAGGUUUCUCGUAGCUUUGCUCUCGUCAUUCAACAACUUCCCGUCGAGCUUCGUGAUGCCGUGUGCAUUUUCUAUUUGGUUCUUCGAGCACUUGACACUGUUGAGGAUGAUACCAGCAUUCCCACCGAUGUUAAAGUACCUAUUCUGAUCUCUUUUCAUCAGCAUGUUUAUGAUCGCGAAUGGCAUUUUUCAUGUGGUACAAAGGAGUACAAGGUUCUCAUGGACCAGUUCCAUCAUGUUUCAACUGCUUUUCUGGAGCUUAGGAAACAUUAUCAGCAGGCAAUUGAGGAUAUUACCAUGAGAAUGGGUGCAGGAAUGGCAAAAUUCAUAUGCAAGGAGGUGGAAACAACCGAUGAUUAUGACGAAUAUUGUCACUAUGUAGCUGGGCUUGUUGGGCUAGGAUUGUCAAAACUGUUCCAUGCCUCUGGGAAAGAAGAUCUGGCUUCAGAUUCUCUCUCCAACUCCAUGGGUUUAUUUCUUCAGAAAACAAACAUCAUUAGAGAUUAUUUGGAGGACAUAAAUGAAGUGCCCAAGUGCCGUAUGUUCUGGCCCCGUGAAAUAUGGAGUAAAUAUGUUAACAAGCUUGAGGAAUUAAAGUACGAGGAUAACUCGGCCAAAGCAGUGCAAUGUCUCAAUGACAUGGUCACUAAUGCUUUAUCACAUGUAGAAGAUUGUUUGACUUACAUGUCUGCUUUGCGUGAUCCUUCCAUCUUUCGAUUCUGUGCUAUUCCACAGGUCAUGGCAAUUGGGACAUUAGCUAUGUGCUACGACAACAUUGAAGUCUUCAGAGGAGUGGUAAAAAUGAGACGUGGUCUGACUGCUAAGGUCAUUGACCGGACCAGGACUAUUGCAGAUGUAUAUGGUGCUUUUUUUGACUUUUCUUGUAUGCUGAAAUCCAAGGUUAAUAAUGAUGAUCCAAAUGCAACAAAAACUCUGAAGAGGCUUGAAGCGAUCCUGAAAACUUGCAGAGAUUCGGGAACCUUGAACAAAAGGAAAUCAUACAUAAUCAGGAGCGAGCCUAAUUAUAGUCCUGUUCUGAUUGUUGUCAUUUUCAUCAUACUGGCUAUUGUUCUUGCACAGCUAUCUGGAAACCGAUCUUAGACGAUAUGUAAUUUUCAUAAUGACGAUGUACUUGAGUGGCAUGCCAAUUAUAUAGAUGCAUGUCUCAUGGUUCAAAAAUAUACCCUCUAUGCACCUAAGCUUUCGCCUUCUAUUGAUAAGCACGUGGAUCAUUGUAGGAAGUAUGUUUUUUCCUAGCCUUCAAACAAUAAGCAGGGUUAUUUUUUCAAAUCAUGAUAUUUCUCUCUCUC